AUGGUCAGUGUGUCCGUCCCAAAGCGCAAAGCCUCGCAUGACCCUCCGAGCCCUGAUCGGGACGCCCCGGCGCUCCCCACCAUCACGUCCAUCCAUGGCCUUCUGAGGGACAACCACCGAGAACGGCUCUAUGUCCCUCCCAUCUGCUGGACCGCGAGGCAGCCGCGACUGUUGGGAUAUUACUUCGCCCGCGACAAAGUUCUUGUUGAGAAAGGGGACCCCCCCUCCAAGUUGGUGGUCCAGAACCUGCGGGACCAACGGCCACUAUAUAAGAACCCCAUCCAUGCGAUCGCUCAACUGCUCCGCCCCGGAACCUUGGCCGCCAAGCAACUGGAUGUGGCCAAUCUCCUCCGCCCUUACAGUCUGUUUCGUCUGGCCCCCGAUAGCCUGCCGUUCUAUUUUGGCCAGCGGAUAGCGGCCCCGAUCCCCAUUGACGCCCUGAACGUCUGCCGUCCCCGGGGUGGAAGGGCCAACAAGCCCGUCCAGAAUAUCCACCAGAAAAGGCUGCGAUCGCUGGAGCCCCGGAAUCCCGCCGAGGAUCCCUAUAUCAUCUCCAUUUUGAUUGCCCUGGCCCAGGCACAGCGGCAGCAAACCGACACACCCAAGAGUACAUCCCGAUCCUUCCAGGUCACCGUCCUCGCUACCGUCGGCAUUCUAGCGGACGGUGUCUACGUCUACACCGCUACUACCCCUACCGAGUUCCUCGAUCGGUUGGAUGCGCCCUCGCAGCCCUUGUCGAGUUGUCCGGUUCCGGUGAAAUACUUCCGGAUCUCGUUAACUCCAGGGAGGAAGGCUUUGAGGAAGUUGCAUCACCUGAUCUGUUCAGGUACAUGCACUUGGUGUGCCACAGAAGAGCCUGUCGGGUCUGGACUCGCAGGCUGA